GGUCAUUUGUAAUUCCACCAAAUAUUCCUCAGAUAUGUCUGUGACGCACUGCUGCUCAUCUCCGAACUCGUCUUUCCUGGAUUUUCCCGAGUCUCCCUGUUCUGGAUUGUAACUUGUGCUGUGUUGUCUGUAGGCGAGAAUUCCAAUUUAGUUGAUGUGGAUAUAAAUACUAAAGCGUUCCCAGACUGGAAGUUGCGUUAACCCGGCGUGAAGGCGUGACGUUUGGACAGAGAGGUUGGAGAGUGGAGACGCACACACGUGUAUCCACCUCCCUCAUCUCACGUCAACGUUGGAUUACGGUGUAUUUUCCAGUUAUAACGGAGAUAGAAAUCAUUCUACACGAUGUCCCUGAGCAGAAGCAUUGAGUUCGAACACUUCGAGGAACGCGAGAAACCUCACCGGACACCGAGGAGCAACUUUGGCACCGGCUCCCAGUCUGGCUCCAGGGGCAACGGUCUGGUCCCGAGCCCUGCUCACAGUGCGCACUGCAGCUUCUACCGUACACGCACUCUGCAGUCACUCACAUCAGAGAAAAAGGCUCGAAAAGUGCGUUUCUAUCGCAAUGGGGACAAGUAUUUCAAAGGCCUGGUGUACGCCGUGUCCAACGACCGGUUCAGAUCCCUGGAUGCUCUGCUGAUGGAGCUGACGCGGUCCCUGUCCGACAACGUCAACCUUCCUCAGGGCGUCAGGAACUUAUACACGCUGGACGGAGGCAGGAAGAUCAGCAGCCUGGAUGACCUAGUAGAGGGUGAGAGUUACGUCUGUGCCUCCAACGAACCCUUCCGUCGUGUGGACUACACCAAGAACAUCAACCCCAACUGGUCAGUGGGCAUCAAAACUGGUACAUCCCGGUCCCUCUCCUCUCUCAUCACACCCAGGGGUGACCUGCAGCGAGAAAGCAAGGACUUCAUCAAACCCAAACUUGUCACCGUCAUACGCAGUGGAGUCAAACCCCGCAAGGCCGUUCGGGUACUACUCAAUAAAAAGACGGCGCACUCCUUUGAGCAGGUGCUCACUGAUAUAACGGAGGCUAUCAAGCUGGACUCUGGAGCUGUGAAAAGACUGUACACUCUGGAGGGCAAGCAGAUAACCUGCCUGCAGGACUUCUUUGGGGACGAUGACGUGUUCAUAGCCUGUGGCCCAGAGAAGUACCGCUACGCCCAGGACGACUUUUUGUUGGAUCACAGUGGUAAGGCUUCCACAGCCUUUGUGACUGAAUGCAGAGUGCUGAAGUCAUCGUACAGUCGCUCUGCUACACCUCACAGAACAGUCAAGAGUCCUGGAGCUUCACGACGCUGCAGGUCCCCAGGUGCAGGUGAGAGAGUUAGAAGACCUGUUCACUUCUCCAUCAGUCAUUCUCCCAUCAGGUCCCCAGUGAAUGGGACCGCCAGCAGUCAGCUCUCUACUCCAAAGUCCACCAAGUCAUCCACACCUUCUCCCACCAGCCCCCGAACUGUGCCUGGGUUGAAGAUUCCUUCGUCUCAUCACUCGUCCUGUCCCAAUGUUAACGAAUCAUUGAAUAACUACAAGGAGUUUUGCAACCAGCUGAGUCCAGAGGUCAAUGGCAACAGCUUGACCCCUGACCCCAUCAUUCUGGACAAAUACAAAGUGGGGAAGGUGAUUGGAGACGGAAACUUCGCAGUGGUGAAGGAGUGUGUGGAGAGGUCUACAGGAAAAGAGUUCGCUCUGAAAAUCAUUGACAAGAACAAGUGCAGGGGAAAGGAGCACCUCAUUGAAAAUGAAGUGGCUGUGCUGCGAAGGGUGAAACACCCCAACAUCAUCAUGCUGGUGGAGGAGGUGGACACUCCCUCGGAGCUCUACCUGGUCAUGGAGCUUGUUAAGGGAGGGGAUUUAUUUGAUUCCAUUACCUCCUCUACCAAAUACACAGAGAGAGAUGCCAGCAUCAUGAUCUACAACCUGGCCGGAGCCCUGAAGUACCUGCACAGCAUGAACGUCGUCCACAGAGAUAUUAAACCAGAAAACCUGCUGGUGUUUGAGUAUCCAGAUGGCACCAAGUCUUUGAAACUGGGGGACUUUGGCCUGGCCACAGUAGUGGAGGGGGCGCUGUACACUGUGUGUGGUACUCCAACAUAUGUCGCUCCAGAAAUCAUCGCAGAGUCCGGCUAUGGCCUGAAGGUGGAUAUCUGGGCUGCAGGAGUCAUCACCUACAUUCUCCUGUGUGGAUUCCCUCCCUUCAGAAGUGACAGUAACCUACAGGAGGACCUCUUUGAUCAGAUCCUGGAGGGACGACUGGACUUUCCCAGUCCUUACUGGGACAACAUCACAGACUCAGCCAAGGAAUUGAUUGGAAAGAUGCUGCAGGUUGACACUGAGGCUCGAUACACAGCAGAGGACGUCCUCACCCACCCAUGGGUCACGAACUGCAGACAUUUGACUGCUGGUACUAUUCUAUGGGCUGGAGGACUGGACUUACCUUUUUUACUUCAGGAUGAAGUCGUCACUGAGAACAACAUGAAAAUGGAGGUGACGGGAAAACUGAAGACGCACUUCAACACUGUACCAAAGCAAAACAACACCACCGCCGGAGUGUCGGUCAUCAUGAACACAGCCCUUGACAAGGAGACCCUCCAGAUCAACACGCGUCGCUGCCCACUUCCACAUAUGGCACCGUAUCCAACUUCACCAGCCGACAAGAAAACAUCAUCUUCUCCAACAAUCACAGCACCGCCGGCGUCAGAACCUGUUCCUCCAAACCAACAAGCACAAGAGGAGAAAGUUCCACCUGUCGCCGAUCCUCUCUGCUCUCGUCCUCCGGAUGAGAAUGACUUGUUAGUUGCUGCUGACUUUAUUCUGCCUCCCUCUGCUCCUCUGAGUUCACAGCACUUCUCAUCUUCACCCGCUGCAGACUCCUCCCCUCUCUCCUCUCUGCCACCUCCAUCUUCACCUCAGAUCCAACCAUCACCUCCAUCACCUGCCUCCUCUCCCUCGCUCCUUCCACCUGAUGAUGCAGAUCGGCCGUCGUCUCCAGCUUCUGUCUGCAGUUCCACAGCAAACAAUCGCCUUUCCUCUCCAACCAAACAUCAACCUUCCUCUCCUCUUCCCUUCCAUCCAAACCUCUUCCCGUCUCCCCCUUCGACACCCCCGAGAUGCCCGAGCCCUCCAUCUCCAUCUGGGCCCCAGUGUUUCAUUGUGAUACCUUCUGCAGAGCCUACAGAGGAGGUGUAAUGUCAGCACCUCCUCCUGUUCCUCCUCCUUCUCCAUAAACAUCAUAAGACAUGAGGUAAGGAGAGUAAACAUCCACCUUCAGCUUUUCUCCUAGAAGUAAACAGGAAGUCCACACUGCUGUAAACUGAGCCAGUGAUUCUGCUGUAAACAAGUGUUUUGGGUUGGGUUUUUUUUUCUUAGGUUAACGACCUUUGUUUGAUUGUGUUUGUUCAUAGAAGGUUUAUAUUUAUGAUGAAGGAUUAUUAUGUUGGGUGAGAGAAAACUGCAUCAGUGUUUCCAAUUUGGAAGUAUUUACUGCUGCAGUA